AUGAAGAAGUCCUCCGCCAGCAAAUCCUUCUUCCUCGCCUGGUUCUCGCUCUUCAGCAGCGCCCAGUGCCAAUCCCCCUCCUCUUCCCACGCAAGCCCAGACGUCUGCGCCCUCAACCCCAAAGCCAAAGUCUCCGACGCCUGCGCCUCCUACGCCGACCUCGACGCCCUCAACACCAAACUCCACCCGUACGUCCGGAACUUGGCAAACAACACCGAUUUCUUCUCCUACUACCGGCUGAAUCUGUACAACAAGAAAUGUCCCUUCUGGAGCGACGAGAACGGGCUAUGCGGGAAUAUCGCCUGCGCGGUCACGACGUUGGAGCAUGAGGAGGAUAUACCGGCGAUAUGGCGGGCGGAGGAGUUGAGUAAGCUUGAAGGGCCGAAGGCGCAGCAUCCUGGCCGGAAACAGCAGAGGGAGCGGCAGAGACCGCUGCUAGGGGAGUUGGGGGAGGGGGUAGGGGAGAGCUGUGUGGUGGAGUAUGAUGAUGAGUGCGAUGAGAGGGAUUACUGUGUGCCAGAGGAUGAGAGCGCGAGUGCAAAGGGGGAUUAUGUAUCUCUAGCAGAGAAUCCGGAGAGGUUUACAGGAUACGCUGGGGAAGGGGCGCAUCAGGUGUGGGAGGCGAUUUAUCGGGAGAAUUGCUUUUCGAGGCCGUCACCGCCCAGUGAGAAGAGUCAGGCUGCUGGUGGGUUGCAGGCGCCGUUGCCGGGGUUCUCGCAGAACCAGGCGCAGGCGGCGAUGGAUUUCAGGCAGGUGAUGAAGGCGCACGAUCGGCAGCAGGCGCGGAAGUCUGGAGUCAUCGAGGAAGCCCUGGAGCCGGAGGACGAGUGUCUGGAGAAGCGCGUCUUCUACCGCGUCAUCUCAGGGAUGCACGCCGCCAUCUCCACCCACCUCUGCGCCGACUACCUCAACCAAACGACCGGCCAAUGGGGCCCGAACCUGCAAUGCUACAAAGAGCGCCUCCACUCCCACCCCGAGCGCAUCUCGAACCUCUACUUCAACUACGCCUUCGUCCUGCGCGCCGUCGGCAAGCUGCGCGACUACGUGCACGACUACACCUUCUGCACCGGCGACCCGGCGCAGGACGGCAAGACCAAGCAGAUGAUCCGCACCCUCGCCUCCGCCAUCCCCAGCGGGCCGAAAAUCUUCGACGAGCGCGUCAUGUUCCAGGACCACACGGAAGACGGGAUCAGUUUGAAGGAGGACUUCCGCAACCGCUUCAGGAACGUGAGUAGGAUCAUGGACUGCGUGGGCUGCGACAAGUGUCGGUUGUGGGGGAAGGUGCAGACGAAUGGGUUCGGGACGGCGUUGAAGGUGUUGUUUGAGUUUGGGAAUGCGGAUGAAGGGGUGGAGAGGCCGCUACUAAGGAGGACGGAGUUGGUCGCAUUGAUCAAUACGUUGGACAAGAUUUCGAGUGCUCUAAAAGCGGUGGAGGACUUCCGCGCGAUGAUGGAGGCGGAACUCGAAGGCAAAGACCCGCACGCCACGCUCGAAGCCUCUAAAGCCUCCGCCGCCGCUGCUGCCACAGAUCCUAGCCGUUUGAUCAACGACACAGACGACUUCCCCGACUUCUCCGAUCUCGACGGCCUGGAAGAAGAAGACGCAGACACAUCAACCCCUCCACCCCAGCGCCCCAGCAUCUCGGACCAAUUCUGGCACGAGUUCGAGAUCGUCUUUCGAACUUUCCGCUGGGUGCUGCGCAGCUGGGCCCAGCUGCCGAAGAAGCUGGCCGCGGUGUUGGGGUUGGAGAUGAAUCGGCUGUGGGAUUUUUGGCUCGGGAAGCCGGUGAGGGAGAGGAUGUGGCGGUUGUGGCGGGCGCCGGGGAGGGAGGAGUUGUGA